UCGACUGAGACGGUUGUGUUCGGAGAGAUCCUCGUAGAAAAGGUGAAAAGUUGAAUCGGUAUAAGGCAGUUGCAAGCAGCGAAAGCCAUCGGGAAGCAGCAGAAAAGAAAAAGAAUACACCGGUUGUGAUCGGACAAGGAAAUUAAAAGCAAUUGUGGAACCUUUACUUUUUUCUCUCCUUCGAACUCGCUCGGAGUUUGGCGCGCGGUUGCGGUUGCGCGAUUCUUCUCGUUCACAUCGCGCGGUACGCAGUGUGCUUAUUAGGGAAAACACGGUGGUGGACAUACGUGAACGACAAAACACGAGCGCGAAAGAAAGUACGACUCAGCUUACCGCUCUACCCCGCUUCCCAGUAGCAGUAAGCUUCCGGGGGAUGACCAUUGAAGCACUCUGACACACACUGGACGCUACAGAGCGACAGGUAGGAAGCGAGUGGAGGGGAAAACCACGGUUGCGUACAUGGUUGCGGUUUUCGGAGAAAACCAAACUAAAAUAUCGCUAAUGUAUGUCAGCUGGUUAAUGACUAUUAAAGUUGAUUUUAUUUCUUCUUCGCAUUCGAUGGACUGUGGUUUCGUCUUACUCACUUGGGGAUGAAUUUCAGAUAAGUUUUCGAAAAAUUAAAUCAGCAGAAACGAAAGGCGAAGUGAAAUCAAAGUCGAUUGCGGUGCUGAAGUGGCAAUCAGAAAGAACCGGAUACUGACAAACUGACACAGAGCGUACAGUUCGGAGGUGAUUUGGUGGGAAAAUUGUUAAUUUGAUUGAUAUUCACAAGGGGGCAGAUUUGCAACCACAAUCCCGCGUUCCACUAGUGCUACCGACGUGCGACAGGGGGGAAAUAAAAACAGGAAGUGCAAAGUGGUGUGAUGACAAACUUGUGCAAGCGGGUAAAGCAGUGAAAGCCUAUCCUCCCUAUCAAUCGGACCGAAGAAAUCGAAAAGCUGUCGAAGUAAAACAAGUUGACCGAGAAAACGCGAAACAGGUUCGUCGUCGUCGCUUGCCCUGAUGACAAAUUGAAGUCUCUCGCACUCACCAGUCUAUCCGUCUGUCUUUGCUUGCCGCACGCGUGCCACAGUGUGUGUGUUUGUGUUCGCUGGGGUAGAUUCCGGACCGAGCAGCGAGGGCCCUCCUCCGGGACGUGUUUCCCUCUAUCGCUCGCUGCCUUCGGCGCGAGGAAGAAAAAGCAACCGUCGCUUGGCCAUCAUCUGUGGCCGCAGUCACCGAACGAAACGAAACCAGACCCAACCAAAGUAGAGCCGAGCCGGGCCAAGUGAAUUUUGCUCCGCGCAGGAACCCUCAAAGAGUCAACGACUUCACGCGAUGGGUAAAAGAAAUCGACAUCUGCCGAUAGGCGCGAUUGUAUGUGCCGUGCUUUGCAUUGGCGCUGGAAUUACUGCGGCCUUCAACUUUGACGACGAUCUGGAGGAUCUGAUCGCCGAGGAGUCGAACGUGGAUGAGUCCGAAGUAUUUGGCGAGUCGGUGCUACCGUCGGACGUUUUUAACGGUGGCAAGCCGUUCUACGUGGAACGCGAUCCUUCCACUGGGGCGAUUGAUUUCAACCACAAGAAAACCGUCAAUCAAAUCGAUCUUGAUGAAAAAGGUUUCGGCGAUAUCAAGGAGAGUCACGUCAGUGACAUCAAGGAUGUUGUGAUCAGUCAAUCGUCUCCGAAUUUCCAUGACUUCCUGAAUCUACCGGUGAAAUAUUCAUCGUCGAAGUUUGUUUACCCUUUGAUUUCCAGCUCCUACGCUAACUUAAAGUACCAGGGGAGUAAUAAAGUUUCGAACCACAAGAACUUUUCCUCUCCGGCAUCGACUACGACAGUAGCUCCUAAGUUCAGACCACAAUACGUGACUUCGAAACAGAAUGUUAGCUCGAGUACCAGCAACGUGACGCCAUCGUCUGUUCGGUACACCUAUCCUACGACCUCCGGUCGGCCGAUUACGACUUCAUCUCCAACAACAACAACAACAACGACCACUACGACAACCACGACGACUGCCACGCCAACGACCGUAAGCUCGGUCAAACAACUUUUCACUCGAUAUCCCUACAAGAGCACGAUCAAGAACAAGUACCUCGAAACGACAGAACAGCGCAAAAAGUUCUUCCUUCCAUCAACGCUCUCACUGCCAACGACGACCACAACGCAAAAACCUCAAACAACCGAAAAACAAACGACUCCAAUUCGUUCAUCAACCUAUUACUCACCUUCCAUCCGACCCUGGUCACACCCAUCUUCAGCCAACACUCCGACAACAACGACAGUCGCACCCCCAACCAAACCACGUCCCGCUAAUCCGGUCCGUUUCGUAGAUGACGCGCUCCCAGCCGCCGCGGCAGCGGAAGACAUCAAAUUUACCAUUCCAGCCCUGAAGUACGAAGGUAACCGGCCAGCACCGUUCCGUCCGUUGCCACCGAGUCACGUCCAGCAGCUAAACCGCCAGAACGAUUCCACCAACAAGAUAGACCUCCCCAAGAACCCUGCCGUGAUGUCACUGUCGGACAUCUUCAACUCUCUCGGCUUGGAAGAUAAGCAAGCCGCAUCGGAGGAGCAGGAGAACACGAUCGUAUUCGAAACAACGCCAGCUCAGACCAUUGCCACCGAACGCACUACACCACCGGCGAUAGUACUUAUUCCGGACCAUCAGCAAUCCAAACCGACGAUUGAGCAAUCCAUUGGCUUGACCGAUCAGUACGUAAAGUAUGAGGUCCAGCAACCGAACGGACAUCGACCCCAGCAGCCUACUGUGGAACAGCAACAAUACGUGCGCUACGAAGUUCAACAACCGAACGGUCAUCGACCGCAAGGACCGAGCCAAGAUGCGGAUUUGGGUAAUCAGUAUGUGAAAUAUGAAGUGCAACAGCCUCAAAUUAACGUUGUAAAGUACGGAUCAGUUCCGAGCAUGAACAGCGUAGUUAUCAGCCCGAAUCAACACUCGGCAACAUUUGUUCUGGGCUCACAGCAAUCCGUUGGCAACUCGGCGGAAGGACACUUUGUGGGGUCGGUUUCGCAAGAGUCAGCAUCUGCUGCUGCACUAAGUGGACAUCCCGCCGGAUACCAGAUGGGUCAAGUACUGGACGAGCCCAAAGACUCUUCCAACGUCAAGGUUGGAGCUUCGGUUAAUGUUCAAGUAAAACCACAGGAUAUUAUAAAAACUACCAGCGUGAGAUUCCCUAGCGAAAGUGACGAUAAGUACGACAAUGCGCCCAUCAUUAGUGGAACUCACAAAAGUGAAGUAUUGCCACCGAAUGGCCACUCGGCUCCGGUCGCGAUGAGCUCCAAUCAGGUUGUGGUUUUCCCUAAAAACGAAAACAUCGACAAUACUCUCCAUGAAGUGUCAAACAGGAUCGUGUUUGACACACCGAACGCUGAGGCUCUAAACAAGAACGAGCUUCCAGUGUAUUCACCCGAUCUGCCAGAACAGCUAACGCCUCCUUCGAGUGGAGAAAUUAACCCACUAACCAAGCGUCCGAGACUUCCAAUGCCUGCCCAAGGGCCACCAUUCAUCUACAAAGAAAUCCAACGUCGCCCCUAUCCGAUGGAUCGCGUUCGUCCUCCACUACAGCUGCCAAACAUUUUACCCCAAUUCCGACCAAAUGCGAAAAUAUCCCACGGUCACGCUCCGUUCCAUAAAGAAGGUGGCAACUUCCGUAUUCCACCUCUGCAACCAACGAAGAAUCUCCUCCCGAAUGGAGCACCUCUGAGAAAACCUUAUUCGGAGCUUCCUCAGUCCCAAUCGUCUGCUGCUUUACCCAUCCGUCGUGCUCCAGUUCCAACCCGUUUCAUGACUCGCAUCAACACCGGUCGCCCUCCAAUGGCAAUGGCUCCCCACUCAGAAGGUUCAAAUGAAAAUCGCCGCUACUAUCGGCUUCCUCCACCGUUGCUAAAAGAUCGUGUCUUCCACAUAACGCCACCAAACAUGAAACCACCACCACCAGCACAACCACAAUCAGCUUCUUCAGCAACGCGUGUUGCCGAGAGUUACGCCCCUCAGAACCCGGAGAAAAAGCUUCUGACUGGAGCAGAAACCAACGAAUUCCAGCGCGACCCUCCAGCCAUUCUAAGGAGUACCAUCAAGGAGCAGAAACCUCAACGUCCCAAGUUGGAACCAGUCGUCACACUGCAAAUGCUGCAAUCUAAAAAACAAGCAGGAGAAUCGCAAAAACAUAAUCUCCCAUCCGGACAGAAAGUAGAUCUUUCCGUCGAGGGACAUCCACCGGCGACGCCCGUUCAAGCUCAGAUCAGUAGCGAUGGCGACAAACAGCCAGUUUACGUUGUUUACCCAGUCAAAAGCACCCCAACCAAGAUGGAUCACAUCCCAGCGGGUAGCAACCAGGAACCGGUUGCUGUUGAUCAAAAGUUCAGCCCCGGUACCGGAUACCAAAACACUCCCUUCUCCAUCGCGUCGCACUUCGAACAGGAACCCAUUCUGAUGGCAAAAGAAAAGAAGUACCACCAGAAGCUGCACUUCCCGUACAGCCUAGAGAAACCCGAUCCGCAUGCACUGCUAGUGGAACUAGACAGCGAAUCAAAGAAUCGUCGAACUUCAGAGCCCCAAAUCGAAACCAAACAGGAAACCGUCUAUAACAUCGGUGAGGAACCGAUCAGCAAAGAGCAACAACAACAAUCGGAGGAGACUUUUGCAAUCCCAAGCAAGUUACAGCGUGCCACGGAAAGCACACCGAUUGCGAUCGCUUACACACCAACCGAACCGAGUCUCCAGUACCAGAAAUACAAGCUACAAAACUCACCCUACUAUUCACCAUAUGGAGAAACUCAAACCGAAGUCUCCUAUCUGAAGCUCGAUGAGUUUGAUGAGUUCGGAAAUCCCGCUCAUCGCUACGAGCAGAACUUCCAAGCUCCAUUCCAAGCCAGUAUUAGCCUCGACCCAGUCAAGGUGACAAAUCCCUACGAAGGUUGGGCGGUAGUAACUUCCGCCCCACAAGCGCUGGUACAAGAGCAAAAUUUGAUCGACCGCUCAGAUGAUCAUCGGUACGCAGAUGAGCCCGAAACGAUAGCGAAAAAACCAUCGGAAAGCGGCGCCUUCCAGCCGGAGUUCCAAGGUGGCUUCCGACCAAUUUACGCCGAAGAUAUGAAACUAAGCGACCUCAACAAUCCGGAUCCACAGUCCAGGAAUGCGUUCGUAGUUUCGGCCAAUAAAGAGCAGCCGGAAAUUUCCGCUGCAGCGGAAGAAACGAGCGCGGAGGAGCUGCCGGCUGACGAACAUGACGGAAAGAAACCGCUCUUCGACAGUCUAGAAGCACUGUUCGACGAUCUGACCAAGGACUACGAAGAUUACACGGAAACAACCGGAAUGGGCGAAGAGGAUGAUGUGGAGGAAAGUACAGCGAAAGGCAAUGAGUUGGAGGAAGGUCGAAGUAACAGCGAAGUAACCACCGAAAGUGUUAAAAGUGACCGAAAAGAGAGCAAAACUAGUGAGUAACCGCUCGGGGUAGAUUGGUACCGUUUGCAGCUUUUUGGGUUUCAGCACCGCGCUUGGCACCAAGUUUGUACGCGAAUCAAACCUGCACUAGGUUGAAAGCUUCAACCCGUCCCGCUUCGGCGUCGGGUGACGAAAGUGAAAUGCAUUUUGAGGUUAUGUUGAUUCAAUCUCACAUAGUAAAGCUAGAUUUUACUAAAGAAAAAGAAAAUUACAGUAUCUUGAGUAUCUAAUGUUAAGUGCAAUUUUCUGGGCGCGAUUAGGCUUCCUCCGAUUCCGAACCUUAUUUUUAUUGUUCGUUUGAAACUAAAUCCUGCACCACUGUCCGAAUAAAUCUCUUUCUUCUCGAAACCAGCAAACAGGAAAAAGACACACACACACAUUUGCAUUAAACAACAUUCAACAAGAAGCUAGUCAGCAAAGCUUAAUAUUAGAUACUUGAUAGACCAAUUACCUUAUUAAUGAAGCAGAUCAGACAUAAUGAAACAAAAACAAAACAAACUUCGACCGAAAAUGAAAAUCAACCCCAUCUCCGCCGAACGAACGAGUGUAUAGUUGUUGUUAUUAUUUGCUAAAUUAUGGUUAAUUUUAGACUGAUAAUGGUACAUGUAAUAAAUUGGAAAGUUGACUUGAAGUGUAGUAGUAGUAGCAUUAAGUUAGAGGUAUUGAGCGCGAAAAAGUUAGCAAAAUCACCCUGUGUGGUGAAUAUUGGUCUAUUUACAUGAACAGCGUUUGCAGGUGAGCUUGCAGAUCGGAAGACAGAAGCACAAUUAGGUAAUUUCACGCUCAUUCUCUCACCCUCUCCUUUCUAUGUAUCCCUCUACCCACUAAAACUGGUGUUCUUAAGCUCCCUGGUGGGCAAGGUCAAGGGAUCAACUGAUAUUGUGUAGGAAAAAUCACUACUUAUCUAAAACAAAAAACUAGCUAACCAACAUUACUGCUAAGAAACCGACCGUGUUAUGGACAAUCUAUCUAUUUAUUUAUUUAUUCACGACAAUUUAUCGACAAGACAAAAUCUGAAACAAUGGACGGAACAAUUUAGUUGUUGGGAAAGAUACCUCAGACAAAAAAAAACAAUGACAAAACCAAACUGUCAAAGUAAGAGCAAGCGAAUGUAGAUUUUAAAUAUUGUAACAAUAAAAGUUGAAAAUCAAUUA